CCAAGACUGGAGGAAUCUACAGCACGCAUUUUACCGUCUUGUAUCUCUCCAUGAUCAGCAAAAGUCAUCGGCAGGUCGGACAUCAAAGAUGUGAAUGAGGCUGCGCUAGUAGUUUGUGCAGGGAUAUGGAGGUUGCAUGGAGAGAGGCGAGGGUGGAGAAGCGAAGUGGAGGAGGAGACGGACGCUUUACCGAGAAGGCAAAGACAUGGCACGAAAAGGGUUCAGGCUCAUUUAGGAUGGUGAGCGUGGAUUGGACAUUGGGAGACCCUUGUAUCGUAAUUCAGUGAAGGUGUCGAAGCCUCGAAGGUAGGAUUUUGGUUAUGCAAUUUUGAUGGGUGAGACUCAAGAGACUUGGACAGUUGAGGGGCUCCAUCCUUUUUGUUAAAGUCAACGACCCCCCACUCUCUACCCGCACCCACGUUCCCCAGACCAAGCUCAGUCUUUUCUUCAGUUCCGUCCCGUCCAUCCCACGCUUUUGCUCUGCAAAUGAAGCUUUUGGUAUAGCGACUACAGUCAGUACCUGUACUUGCUUCUUCUGGUACCCGAGACCCUUUGAUAUCUCGAGUACUGCACUCACUGCUUUGCUUUGCUUUGCUUUGCUUUUACUGAGCGUACCUGAACUCUUAUUACUGUUUCUUAUUUGUGGUGUAAGCCCGUUUCAUCUCUGUUCCUGAUUAUCUCAGCCAGAAAAGUCACUCAUCAACUCAGGUGUAUCUUUGUCGAGUACCUCGCUCUCAUCCUGUUGUUCCGUCUUCCGUUUCUCUCUUCUCUUACAACCCCCUCGGCUUCCAGCAUCCUUCUGUCACACUUGUGUUGCGUUCGUUGCACAUCCGCGAACCUCAUUUCAAGUUCAGCUCCAAAUUGACCCCAAGAUCAAGCCUGACUUUUUAUUUGCGUGCCGAUCUUUCGUUGUUUGCAACUCUUGGACGUACAAGUCACGCCAGCUCGACGACAUCGAUUUCCCUUUCGGUCAUGCGUUGAUUGCAAUAUCCUAUUAUUGCGUAGGGGUCCUAGAAGUAAUUAUACGAUUUAAUUCCGUCCAGUCCCACCUUCGCGAACCCCGGCCAUCACGACCCCGCUAUCCUCGGUGACAGACCCAACUGCCACACUUUGCGACUCUAGCGAUUACCAACCGUCAUCCUCGAGCCUUGGCCUACCACUGCCUGGCUGGUGGAUUCUUAGCCUGUCGCUUUAUAGCACGGCUCGACUUGUCUGAGUCUUUUUCCAAACACAAACAUCGCAUCGCCUUCACUUCAUAGGCUUCCUAUUACGGCAUUGGGUAUGGGCCUCCGUUAUAACAAAUAACGUGAAACCGACCCUUCCCAUAUCCCCGGUCAGCUCCGGCGCAAUGGGAGCUCAAACUUUUUUGCCUCGCGACACUUCGGAUCCUACAGGUCGCGGCCGAAGAAGAAGUCGCUCACCCGCAGAUGACGGCGCGGACCAGGCUAUAAAAUCAGAAGGAAAUCAAGAUGGACCAAAUGGCGCAUCUUCCAACUCCGACGGCCCUGGCCCUGCCAGAAAACGAAGACGGAGCCGAAAGGGCCUGGACAAGAGAUUUGAGUGUAGUGCUGAAGGGUGUGGGAAGAGUUAUUCAAGAGCGGAACAUCUGUACCGGCAUCAGCUUAACCAUAACUCUAAACAGACCUACCACUGUACUUUUCCUAACUGCACACGGACUUUUGUCAGAGGAGAUCUUCUCAAAAGGCAUAUGGACCGACAUGCUGCAAAGGGCUCGCAACUCAACCAGAGAGAUUCUAUCAUGGCACAAUCCAUAGCUCCGAGUCAAUCAAACCAACAAGUUCAACCUCCUAAUUUCAGUCGGAAUAAUUCUAUCGAUUACUCAAAGCACCAGCAAACGAAUAUGCCUUAUCAGACACCACAAGUUCAAACUCCUAACCCAUAUUCGCCCAUGAACAACACUCCAACAGGCAUAUACCCUAAUGGAGCUCUGCCAAAUGGAAUGGAUAGUUACAUGUCCCCGACCCAGGGUUAUGAUAAUCGUACGCCACAACUCAGCCAACCACAAUCCCCUUCAUUUCAGCAAAGGCCGUCUAUGUCUGCCGGCAAUACACCAUUCAACAUGAUGUCUCCAAUUGCGAAUCAGCAAGGGUUCCCAAAUCAACAGAAUAUGUCGCAGAAUAAUUUUGUCAGCCAGCAAAACGUUAUGCCUAUGACCCUCCCUCCGGCUCAGUACCCCAACGGACAAAAUGCUGCCGUGGUUACUUCAGCGGAAUACUCAGAGCCAGGAACCACGCAGCCUAGCGAGAUGAUGAUGCUGGAUCAGAUGGCCAUACCCGCAACUGUUCCUGUCUUCGGAGAGGGAGGCGAUAUGAACAAGUCACCCUACGUUGGGAUGCCGGAGGACUUUAUGGCUUACCUCUUCAAUUCCCCCAGUCAAGCCAUGACACCAGUGAUGGGCCCCAACUACACCAACUAUGCGGAAUUACAAGGAAAUCAAUUUAAUAUGAAUCUUCUGGGCACAGACAGCAAUUCACUUGGAUACUUUCCAAGCGCUCCUCAGCAGGUAAUGGCUGUCAACAACCUUCUUGAUCAACAAGUUCCGGAAGCCACGAUAUCUGAGGAAAAGAGUCAAGAACUAUUCGACUUUAUCAAAGAGCGCUUCCAUGACAACAAGCAUGCUCCACCCGAUCGUCAGUGGGCCGAUCUGCUUGAAGGUGAUCGAUCAAACGGCGAGCAUAUGUUGAGUAAGAGAAUGAUGCAGGCUUACAUCGGUUCUUAUUGGUAUCAUUUCAGCGAUCAGAUGCCUAUUCUUCACAAGCCUACUUUCUCUCCUGACAAGACACCGAACUUAUUGCUCCUCGCGAUGAUGGCCAUCGGAGGGGCUUGCCUCGACAGGACCCAUGGACACAAUGUGACGAGAGCAAGCGCCCAGCUCUCAAACUUUCUUGCCUGGCAUCUUCGUUGGGACAUCUUCAUGGACGUUAGCUUCAGGCCGCCUGCUAAACUGUGGAUCUUCCAGGCUUUGAUUCUCCUUGAAUUAUACGAAAAGAUGUUUGCGACAAGAGAGCUCCACGAACGGGCCCACAUUCACCAUGCGACCACUAUCACUCUCAUGCGACGAGGACGAUCUCUGAUCGGCAAAUCUGCACUGGACUCUCCGCCAAACCCUCGUGACGUAUCCAAUGGGUCCCGGCAGUCCUCUACGUCCAGCUCGACAGGAACAGCUGAUAAAUGGUGGGAGCACUGGGUCACAAACGAGGCGACCCGGCGUGCAGCAUUCGCGGCCUUCAUUGUCGAUUCCAUCCAUGCAACGAUGUUUGGUCAUUCUGCAGUCAUGGUGGCUCAUGAAAUGCGACUGCCUCUUCCUUGUGACGAGUCUAUGUGGCGAGCCGGAAGUAGUUCUGAAGUUUGGAGGAUUGAAUCAAACUUGAUGUCAAAUGGCAUCAAGCCAACUUCAUUCCUGGAGGGUCUCAAGAGAACUUUGAGUGGUCAGGAUGUCCACACGACAUCAUUCGGCAGAACAGUGCUCAUGACAGGCCUGUUGAGUGUCUCAUGGCACAUGCACCAGCGGGAUCUUCAGGUCAAUGUGCUGGGCGGUGGCAUCAUCCAGGCUCUUGGUGGUCGUGAUCGGUGGCGGGCUACUCUCACUCGAGCAUACGACACUUGGAAAGCUGAUUUUGACAAGCAUCUUGAACGAAGCGAAGCCGCUGACCCAUAUCGAGACAACGCUACUAAGAGGCAGGAGUUCAACGUCGUAUUCGAAAGUCGCACGGUUUUGCAUCAUUUGGCACACAUGGCCAUGCAUGCUGAUAUCGUGGAUUGCCAAAUGUUUGCACGAGCAAAGCGUCUACUUGGUCGAACGAUUGGGCCUCAAGAGUUUAAUAGUGCUCAAAGGCGAAUCAAAGACCACUGGGCUCACUCCGCGAGGGCGAGAGAUGCAGCCUUUUACGCUAUCAAGUUCCUCUGCUCAGUGCUUGCUCCAGAUCAAGUAUCUGCAGCACAUGCGGGCGGAUACCACCUCGAUGAGCCUUACGACGCCCGCGACGAUGUUCUCCUGAAUCGGCCUUGGGUGAUGUACUUCGCUGCCCUGGUUGUGUGGAGUUAUGGAUUUGCGCUCGAGGGACCUUGUCCCAAUAUUCCGCUACCUACCACAAGGCACGAGAAGCUGCAGCAUAUGAGGAACUAUUUUGUCAAAUUCGGUGGCAUCGACAGUCCAGGUGCACUACAAGGUAGAUCAGGGGUCAACGCGAAUACAGCUCUUCUCAUGGUCCUCAAAGACACAUUUCAGACAACACGUUGGGAAUUGCUUCAUGAAGGAUCGGCUCUUUUAAGCAACUGCAUUAUCCUUAACCAAGGCGGAACAAUUGAUUAAGGCGACGGUACUCAGCUAGCUCCUUGUUUCUAGCAGGCGUAAACAUGUUUGAGAGUUGCACGAGCUGCUGGGCUAUGCCUAUGACGGCAAGUGAACGAUAUUCCUUCUCCUUUGAAGGAGGAUGAAUGGCAUUUACAACGGAUCUAAAAGGAUAUUGGCGCAUGGAUGCAGAGGAUUUACAAUUGGUAUGAGAUAUGAUGGACUCAGAGCGGCAUGGUUUACUUAGAUGGAGUAUGCGGCUUCUUGCUUUUGCAUUUUAGAAUACCCCAGUGUCGUUUUGCACAAUAUGUGUUAGUCAGUCAUAUACCAUAGGAAGACCUUGCUAUAGUAAGGGGUUCCCCGAGCUUUUGGCUUGGUCUUAACAAUAUGAUGGUUUCAAGCGGAAUGUCCUAAGAAAAUUGCGCCAGUUGUUUGUGUAAAAUCAAGUCAUAGGUGAACGGACUCGUGAACUCAUGAAAUAUUUUCCACUACAAAUUCAAACGCCAUUGUACC